AUGGAAGCCCUUAAUACUUGUGUAUGGUUUCUGUCAGGGAAAGGCGCUGGCUCAGAAAUCUGCGACAAGUACAGCACGACACCAGAACCGCUUCCGACAGAAAUUCAUCUGGAUUUGCUGGCUAAUGGAGUCAUCCCAGACCCCUUCAAUGGGAAAAAUGAGGAAGCUGUGCAAUGGGUUGGAGAGCAGACCUGGGUGUACGAACGAAACUUCGAAGUGCCUGAAGAUGCAGUGGGGGCGCCAGACCCCCAUGCUGCCCUCGUGUUCGAAGGACUCGAUACCUUCGCCACCGUUAAGCUCAACGGUCGAGACAUUCUCAAGUCCGACAACAUGUUCGUGUCUCAUAGAGUCGAAAUCUCGGAGGACAUGCUUGUGAAGGAGAAUGGCAGUUUUACAGCCCAGUGUUUGCAAAUCGUCUUCGAAAACGCAGAACGCGUUGGCGACGAGGAGGUUCUCCAGCAUCCGAGUCAUGACUGGUUCACCUUCAACGCCGGUAGGGCACGCCUGGCAACGAGGAAAGCACAGUACCACUAUGGUUGGGAUUGGGGCCCGAAAUUGAUGUGCUGUGGGCCUUGGAAGCCAAUAUACCUGGACCUGUACUCAGCACGUAUAUCAGACAUCUCAAUUCACACAAAUUUAGGUCCUGAUCUGCAGUAUGCAGAGCUGCAAGUUGUGGUUGCAAUUGACGGUCCUGCCAGUCAAGCCGAAGUCAAACUCCGCCGCGAGGGUGUCAUUCAGCAAUCUCAGACGGUACAUGUCGAGCAACACAUCGCACGGGCAGUUUUUCACGUACAGAACCCCGACCUUUGGUGGCCUUUCACUCUAGGAGAAGCAAAUUUGUAUGAAGCUAGUGUUUCUUUGUACCAGUCUCAGGGUUCUGGAUCGAGCGUCGUGGAUAACAUGCGCAAACCUUUUGGAAUCCGGAAAGUGGAAAUGGUCCAACAUCCACUACCCGACCAGGGAGGCAGCACUUUUUUCUUCAGGAUCAACAACGUCCCGAUCUUUGCUGCUGGCUCGUGCUGGAUCCCGGCAGACUCAUUCCUGACUCGUGUCUCUCCACAGAGAUACAGAGACUGGGUUAAGCUGGCUCGCGAUUCCAACCAAGUUAUGAUUCGGGUAUGGGGCGGCGGCGUGUACGAGCACGAAUCAUUUUAUGAUGCUUGUGACCAGAUGGGCGUCCUCGUCUGGCAAGAUUUCAUGUUCGCUUGCGGCAACUUUCCAGCACAUGUGCAAAUGCGAAAUCGCGUCGCGGUCGAAGCGGAGCAGAACGUCCGUCGAUUGAGACAUCACCCCUCUAUUGUGUUGUGGUGUGGGAACAACGAGGACUAUAUCAUCCCGGUGCUCAGGCAGCUGGAAUACGACUCGAGCGAAAAGGACCUCGGCAAGAUUCUCGAAUCGAAAUUUCCUGCGCGGUAUUUCUAUGAGCAUAUGCUUCCGGCCAUUUGCGAAGAUCUGACUCCAGGCACUCCAUAUUGGCCCGGAUCUCCUUUCGGUGGUGCCAUGGCCAAUUCCCAAGAGGUCGGUGAUAUACACCAGUGGCACGUGUGGCAUUUGGAAAUGUUUCCAUACCAAGACUUUCCCAGACUCGCUGGUAGAUUCGUCAGUGAGUUCGGUAUGCAAGCACUGCCCGGCCUCGACACUGUCAAAGAAUUCUUUCCACCAGGAUACCGCCCGCAUGCGAGUGGCGACAUACUGGAGAAUGAGUAUCUGAAAUGGCACAAUAAAAUGGAAGAUGGCAGCGACAGAAUGGCGCACUACGGGCAUGAGAACAUCAAGUUCGAGACCGGAUCUCUUCCCGCGUACGUCUACUCGACCCAGCUGAUCCAGUCCGAGGCGCUGUCUGCGGCGUAUCGAUCCUGGCGACGGCUCUGGCAGGGCCCUGGCAAGGAGUACUGUGGUGGAGCUCUUGUUUGGCAACUCAAUGACUGUUGGCCCGUGAUAUCCUGGGCUAUUGCGGAUUACUAUCUUCGACCAAAGAUGGCAUACUGGGCAGUCAAGCGUGAAUGUGCGAGCAUAACCACCGGCAUAGCAAGAGUCAAGCAAGAUAACAGGACGGAUCAUCUGGAGGUAUGGGCUGUCAAUAUGAUGCUAUCAAACGUCAAGGUCGAUGUCCACGUUGACGGAUGGAGCGUCGUGACAGGCAAGCCCGUUUUCCACCAUCUGAUGCUUGAGGCUUUCACUCUGAAGAUGAACCAAAGUACGGAGCUCGGAAGGCUAGACCUGAAAGCUUUCGCCCCUUUGCGCUUCAAGUCUUCUGGAAAAGGCUCAAAUUUCGAAGAUGUGGUCUUUGCAGUUCGACUGGUCGAGUCCCGAUCAGAUGGGCAUGGAGCCUCUCACAGUGCUUCGAAGCUUGGGAUCUCUCCAAAGAUACUGGCCCACCACAUCAAUUUUCACGAACCGCUGAAGGAGGUUCCCUUUCAAGCGAAGGCCAGGAAUCUUAUUUUGAGGGUUGUAAGAAACGAGACCGAAAUCGUGGUGGAGGCGACAGCCAAUUUGCCCAUCAAAGGCCUCCUGGUACAAAUCGCUGAUGAUCCGGAUACCAAGUGGGAGGACAACGGUGUCGAUCUAGUUCCUGGACAGGCUGCUCGCUUGAGGCUUUUGGGCAAAGGACUCGAAGUUGGUCAAGAGGAUCGCCUCCGUGCUCGAUGGUUGGGAGGAGAGUGGAGAGGACAGGACAAGGUCUGGCCGUCGCUGUAG